CUCCCCGGGAGGCGGGACUUCCGCUGUCGGGCCGGAAGCGGAUGCCGGCGGCCGAGUUCCCGCGGCGCCUGCGCAGAGCGCCCGCGCGGACAGAGCGGAUGGCGUUCCGGCAGGCGCUGCAGCUGGCGGCCUGCGGGCUGGCCGGGGGCUCGGCCGCCGUGCUCUUCUCGGCCGUGGCGGUGGGCAAGCCCCGCGCGGGCGGCGAUGCGGACUCGCGGCUACCCGAGCCUCCGGCGUGGGCGGGGCGCCCGGGGCCCGGCGUCUGGGACCCCAACUGGGACAGGCGAGAACCGCUGUCCCUGGUGAACCUGCGGAAGAGAAACGUGGAGUCUGGAGAAGAGGAGAUGCCGUCCAGGCUGGACCACUUCAAAGCCAAGGCCACACGGCACAUCUUCCUCAUCAGGCACUCGCAGUAUCACGUGGACGCCUCUCUGGAGAAGGACCGCACUUUGACACCCCUGGGUCGUGAACAGGCUGAACUGACUGGCCUCCGCCUGGCCAGCUUGGGGUUGAAGUUUAAUAAGAUCGUCCAUUCCUCCAUGACCCGUGCCAUAGAAACCACCGACAUCAUCAGCAAACACCUGCCAGGAGUCUGCAGAGUCAGCACGGACCUGCUGAGGGAAGGCGCCCCCAUCGAGCCGGACCCGCCUGUGUCUCACUGGAAGCCAGAGGCUGUGCAGUAUUACGAAGACGGAGCCCGGAUUGAGGCGGCCUUCCGGAACUACAUCCACCGUGCGGACGCCAAGCAGCAGGAGGACAGUUACGAGAUCUUCAUCUGCCAUGCCAACGUCAUCCGCUACAUCGUGUGCCGCAGGGACAGGGUUCCUGAAGGCUCUGUGCGGUGGCACCCUGCAGCAGGCCUCCACGACCAAGGAUGGCUGUUGAGUCUGUCAGGUGAGCUUUUCACAACCAUGCUAAGAAAAAGCCCCGGGAAAUGGCUCACCUGAGUAGGGUGCCUGGUUGGGGCCAUCUUGUGGAAGGAAGCUUUGGUGCUGUAGCGUCUUGUCUACUUCUCUGAAAGUCAGCUGGGAGCAGGGGGCCCCAGGGAUUAAACGGGCCCCACAUGAGCACAUACUCACCAGUCUGAGGUCUUUCUGAAAGCCUCAACUUACUCCCAUGCGGUUCUAAAAAUUAAUUUCAUUAAAAAUAAAAAGGGUUGGGCAACGGGUUAGGUGCACAGAGUAUGCAGCUCAAGGACCUGUGCAAGGGUGCUGGCUUAAGCCCUGGGCUUUCCACUGGAGGGAGGUCGCUUUACUAGUAGUGAGACAAGUCUGCGGGUGUCUGUCUCCCCCUCCUAUUUCUCUGUCUUGUACAAGAAAAUGGAAAAAAUGGCCUCCGGGAGCAGUGGAUUCACAGUGCAGGCGUCGAGCCCCAGCCAUAACCCGGAGGCAAAAAAAAAAAAAAAAUAAGAAACCACUGACGGGCACAGGUGAGUGCGCCUGCUGACAAGUGGAGAAGUACGGGGCUGCUGGAUGAAGCUUCAGGAAAUAGCAACAAACAGGCUGCAGAACUGCAGGAACUUUUAAUAUCCGUCUGAACACUGACGAUACUCACAGGGUAUUGUGGUAAGAUGAGAAAAUGCCACGAUAUAGUCUCUGUGUUUGACUUCUUUUGAGAAGAAAGAUGCCUUUUAAAAUGUAACUUUCUUAGAGAUUGUCUGCAAAUACCCUAUGUAAUAGCCUUCUUUGAAUUAAAAUAUAAAUGCUGAUUCCAAUA